AAUUAGACACGGUGACGGAUGAAUGAUUAGAGUUUCUCCUUCCUAUAUAAACCCCCAUACCCCAACUCCACAUCACCUCUUACAUACAAUAAUCAAUCCAUCAAAAUCCUAAAAAAAAGGAACUUGAAAUCAUGGGUAACAGUAACAGCCUAAGUUGUUUGGCAUGCAUUCUUCCAUGCGGAGCUCUCGAUUUGAUCCGAAUAGUGCACUCAAACGGGUACGUCGAAGAAUUAACGGGUCGGGUCACCGCCGGCGACGUCCUCAAGAACUACCCGGAUCACGCCCUGUCUAAGCCCUGCGCCGGCGCCGCCUCCCGACGGGUCUCGCCCGAAUCCGAUCUCAAACGGGGCUCCAUUUACUUCUUGGUACCUUCUUCCUCCUUGCCGCCUGCUCAUCACAAAACUAAGCAAACGUACCACUCUUCUUCAAAGCACCGGACGCCGACCAAGGCGGAGAAGAAGAAGCCGUGUCUCCGCCGACGGAAGGUUACGGCGGGAGACUGGCACCCGCAUUUGGACAGCAUUUCUGAGGAUCUUUGACAUUUUUCCGGCAGCCUAUUAUUUUUUUAUUUUUUUCGGACACAAUUCCAUAUUUUUUGCAUGGGGUGAUUUCCUUCUUUUUUUUUUUUUUUUUUUUGUAGAGCAUCAAAUUGAAUCUGUGAAUACUCAAAAUUUCAAAUCUUUUUACUUUUUUUUCACUGUGGAUUUCUGCCUGCGUGUUAAAAUGGCAGAGAACGAGUUUAGAGUUUUGUAAUUUUUUUUUCCUACUAUACGGUUAGUGCAAAUGAAAUCAUUUAUAUUCAUUUC